AUGGCCGAGACCGCUCUUGCCAAGGCGGAUGUCCCCUUUCCUGUCCCUCCCGAUCUCGCCGGUGGCCCCGUUCCCUCGCCCCCUCCGCCUCCACCGCUCGCUGCCACCAAGAAGAAAGCGGCCUAUCGGCGGCAGAAGGGCACAGCAGCUGCCGUGGCCGAGCAGGUCAUGGAGGUGGUGGCCGCCACCAAGGAACGUCAGUCUCUCAAACUGGGCAUUGUAAAGAAAACCAUCUCGGUGGCCGGCUAUGGGGCGGACAAGGCCGGCGCCCAGCCCAAUCAGUCGCGCGGCGCGUUAGCAAACAAGAACGUUCCAGCAGAUGACGGCACCGGCACUUCCUCGGCCGUUCACCGCCCGGAGCGGGAUCCGGAGAGCGGUGAGCAGGGAGAAGCCAAAGAUCGGAGUAAAAGAAUCGCUAAGAGAAAAACACCUGCAGGGAAAGUGGGCCAGAGGAGAGCGGCAGCUGCCAAACCUGCCGCCAAGAAAAAUGCUAAGAAGCGGGUGGACAAAAGUCCCCGCAAGCACAAGCCAGCGAAGAAAGUGUCCAAACCUGUCUCCAGAACUGGAGGGCGCCAACGACACGUAACCAGGAAGAGAUAG